UUAUCAUAACCUGAUUCCGCAUCUCCGUGAAAUUACAUCAUGCAGUCGACUCGUCAACGUUCGAUAUUUGGCAAUGUGUUGACACAUCUCCGUAAAAUAACAGCACGCCUUCUUACUCUCAGGCUUUUAACAGAAGACCUUUAGAGACAUUUGGACAUUGUAAACUCAGUUAAGGAACUGUGACGAGAGGAGCAAGCGCACACUGAGGAAAGCAAAGGUUUAGAAAACUCUGCGUUUCACUACAGAAUGGCUACACAUACACAUGUGAGUGGUUACAGAAAGUACUUUGGAAAUCGAUUUGCCGAUCUGUCACCAGCCACCACAACAGAGGAUCAAAUUAGGGAUUUGUAUAACGAUUGGGCGAAUAAGUAUGAUGAGGACGUUGUGGUAAAAGCACUCUUAGUCUGUCAUCGACCACAAGCUGAAUGCUUGGACGCUGCCAUCAAACAAUACUUGGACAAACCGAAGGAUGAGGUCAAAAUUAUUGAUUGCGGAGCUGGCACUGGUUUGUGUGGAGCUGAGCUUCACAAACUUGGCUACACUCACCUGUGUGCUCUGGACAUUUCGCCUGAAAUGUUGAAUGAAGCAAGGAAGAAAAACGUUUACCAAAAGUUCAUCUGCGCCCCUCUUAACUCUGAUCAGAAUUCUGAAGUUAACACUGGAGAGUACGACGCCAUGAUCUGCAUUGGCACGCUGGCUGCUGCCCAUGUCAAACCAACUGCUCUGGUGGAAAUGGUUCGCAUGAUCAAGAUUGAUGGUCUUCUAAGCUUCAACAUUCGAUUUGGUGAGCUUGAACGGUAUCAGCCAAUGAUGGAAGAGUUAGAGAAAGAAGGAAAGUGGGUUAACGUUGCCAAGGAAACGAUUCCCCAUUUCCAGAAAGAUGACAUGCCUAAAACCUCGUCCUUUUUUGUCUACAAAAUCCUGAAGCAUUAGUAAGACCAAUAACUAGAUGAUGAACGAAUUAAACAAGAUUUGAUUACAAUAUCAUUAUAUCAUUAUAUGCACCGUACCAUACUAGGCAAAAAAAAGUACAAUAAAAAAUACCUAAAUACAUUA